UCCGUAGACGAGUGGUGCAACAUGUGGGACGCCUAUGCCAAAGACCCCAGCAGUGCCAUGGACUGGCAGACCAAAUACAUGAAUUUCAUGUUCGAUCUGGAGGAUGCUUCCACCGACGGCAGCAUUGACGUGGAAGAAUUCGCUUUAGUCUGCUCCAGCUAUGGUCUGGCGAAGUCGGAGUGCGAGGAAGCGUUUAAGAAAAUGGCACAAGGUCAAAGUGAGGUCACACGUGAUCAAUUUGCCGUUUUGUGGAAGGAAUAUUUUGCCGCGGAGGACAUUAAUGCGCCAGGCAACUUCAUCUUUGGCAAGACCUCGUUUUAACGCUCUAAAGUUUGCCCCGUUGCUAAAAUUUUCAAAACGUUUUUGUGGGCAUUACUAACGGAUGCACAGUGGAGCGUCUAAGCAAAUUUGUUUGGCAUAAAGUGUGUUAAGUGUUAAUGUUAAGCUAUGCCCUUGAAAUUUAAGUGUUUGGAAGUAAAAAACUUAUAUAUUAAAAAAUAUAAAAUUUUAAUAAAAAAUAAAAGAAUAAAUAAAACUGCGGAUAGUGAAAAUUUUUGAAAACAAAUGUGCGAAGUCAAGAAAGCAGAUUUGUUUUUGUGUGGAACAAUGAAAUUUUAAUGCACUUUAGCGCCAGUUAACCAGAAUUAACAGAAACGGUACUUUACUUUACUUUACCUAAUGAAAAAAAUAAAACUUUAUUAAUGCAAUUAUAUAUAUUGUAUGAUUCCUCAUUAAUGUGCUCAAAAUUAAUUAUGAAUAUUAUAUACUAUAGUACAUAUAUACACUUGAAACUUAGACUAUAUCGAAUGCUGACACAAACAUAAUCAAAAUGAAUAAUUUAAUGAUGUUUGACGUGUCGUACAUUUGUAAUCAAUUUAUCGUCAAUCGAACCAAUGUAUGUAUGUAGGUACAUGUAUUGUACAUACCUGAUAUUGAGCGACCUAAUCCUUGACUUUGUUUUGGUUUUUUUGUAUAAAUGUAGAUAAAUGUUCUUGGAAUAAUUCUCAGUGGUAAAAGCUAAAGUAUUUAGUAGUAAAUCAAAUUUAAAUUAUUUGACAUAAAUUUAUAAACUAGUCAAAUUAUAAUAAAAUUAAAUGUUCCCGAAAUAAGUAAUGUACGAAAACAAACCCCUAUUAAAUAUGUAAAUGAUAAAAGUGUUUAUUAAAUGUUCGUGUGUGUAGCUAAAUAAAUUCAAAAUAAAAUGUCGAAUAAAAGGUUUUGAAAUAAU